UUACACAAUUAAAUUUUAAUUCGAAAAUAUCUGGGCCGAAAGACAAAAGCUUUCCCACUGUUCUUUGCUCCCAUUGGAGAGGUACCAAGACUUCGGGAAGACUUUACAAAAAGCAAAUGCAUGUAUAGAAAGUAGAUGGUUCUGAUUGAUCUUGAAUUAAUAAUUUACCCAACCCAAUGGGAAAACCUAAAGAAGAAUACGAGGAAAUAGAAUCAGAAGAAUACUACACUGUUGAUGAGGAUGAUGAUGAUGAGGAUGAGGAUGAAGAAGAAGAACCAGAGAAAUGGAAAAGACACUACUCGUCAAAGCAUAGGAUAUUGCUGGUUGGAGAAGGAGACUUCUCCUUCUCUCUUUGCUUAGCCAGGGCUUUUGGUUCUGCGCAUAACAUGGUUGCCACUACUAUUGACACUCAAGAAAACAUAGAGAAAAAAUACAGUAAUGGAGUAGCAAAUGUGAGGGAACUAGAAGACAGGGGAUGCUUGGUUUUGUAUGGUGUGGAUGCAAAGGAGAUGAGCCAACACUUCUUCUUGAGGACUCAAAGGUUUGAUCGGAUUGUGUACAAUUUCCCUCAUGUUGGUUUCCUUUACCGUGAAGGUAGCUACUGCCAGAUUCAGUUGAAUAAGAGAUUGGUAAAGGGCUUUUUAUCCAAUUCCAAAGUGCUGUUAAAGGAGGACAAUGGUGAGAUUCAUGUAACACACAAGGAAGGGGAUCCUUAUGACAAAUGGGAUCUAGUAAAGAAAGCAGAGAAGAUAGGCCUGGUUAUGGAUGACAUUGUACCCUUCUCCAAGAAUGAUUAUCCAGGGUAUAACAACAAGCGAGCCCAUGGGAACCUCGCUGAUGCCCCCUUUAACCUUGGCUAUUGCAGUACUUACAAGUUCAAGCUCAGUUACUCUGUCAACUCCUCACAGAAUAACAAGAAGGAAGUGCCAGCAUUCGAGGGUAAAUAACUGCUUAGCAAUUCUUCAUUAGAAUUAAGGUAACUAUUACUCAAAAUGUUGCCCUCGUAUGUUUAUAAAGCUGAACUUUUCUUAAUCUUAAUCUUGUUAUUAGCCAUGGAAUAUGGAAAACUGGAUCACAUAGUUUAAGGCUGGAUCACAUAGCCAUGGAAUAUGGAACUUUUCUUAAUCUUAAUCUUCAUUGUGUGCUUUUGUCGA